AAUGAAUUCCCACUAUUUCUCCAACCACUUGUCCUCUCUCCAAGAAGACUCUUUCUCUUUUUUCCCAACUCUACGCAUUUAGUUCUUUGAGUUUCUCUGCCUCCUCUGUUUCCAUGGCCUGCUCAGCCAACGAUUUGGCCCAGCUUUUCGGCCCCAACAUCACAAACUCCACUGCCGCUGCUGACUUCAUCUGUUCUCGCUUCAACACCUCCGAGAACAACUACUCCGCUGCCAAAUAUGCCAUCGACAGUACCUACCUCCUAUUCUCCGCCUAUCUCGUUUUUGCCAUGCAGUUAGGCUUUGCCAUGCUUUGUGCAGGCUCUGUUCGGGCAAAGAACACCAUGAACAUCAUGCUCACUAACGUCCUUGACGCCGCUACUGGCGGCCUUUUCUAUUAUCUCUUCGGUUUCGCUUUUGCCUUCGGUACCGGUGGCUCAGCGAAUGGCUUUAUUGGCAAGCAUUACUUCGGCCUCAAGGCCGUCCCUUCCCAAGAUUUCGACUACAGUAAUUUUCUCUACCAGUGGGCUUUUGCUAUAGCCGCAGCUGGGAUUACUAGCGGCUCCAUCGCUGAAAGAACUCAGUUUGUGGCUUAUUUAAUAUACUCCUCCUUUCUAACCGGGUUUGUUUACCCAGUUGUUUCUCAUUGGUUCUGGUCUGCCGAUGGAUGGGCUUCUGCUUUCAAAACUAAUGAUCUCUUAUUUGGUAGUGGAGUCAUCGAUUUCGCAGGAUCUGGGGUGGUGCAUAUGGUGGGAGGUAUUGCUGGGUUAUGGGGCGCUCUAAUUGAAGGCCCAAGAAUUGGCCGUUUUGACCAUUCUGGCAGGGCCAUUUCUUUGCGUGGGCACAGCGCUUCUCUGGUGGUUCUCGGCACUUUCUUGCUCUGGUUUGGGUGGUACGGGUUCAAUCCUGGGUCUUUCAACAAAAUCCUAGUAGUUUACGCCGAUGGCAGCUAUAAUGGUCAAUGGAGUGCAGUUGGUCGAACUGCCGUUACCACUACCCUAGCAGGUUGCACUGCAGCCUUGACCACUCUUUUUGGGAAAAGGAUUUUAUCAGGCCACUGGAAUGUAACAGAUGUGUGCAAUGGUUUGCUUGGUGGUUUCGCUGCCAUUACUUCUGGUUGCUCCGUCGUUGAUCCAUGGGCUGCAAUAAUCUGCGGGUUCGUUGCUGCUUUGGUAUUAAUAGGCUGCAACAAGUUGGCUGAGAAGUUAAAGUUCGAUGAUCCACUAGAGGCUGCCCAGCUUCACGGUGGUUGUGGCGCUUGGGGAGUGAUAUUCACGGCGUUAUUUGCCAGAGAGAAGUACGUGGCUCAGGUUUACAAGCCGGGUCGACCACACGGGUUGUUCAUGGGUGGAGAUGGAAAGCUAUUGGCUGCUCACGUCAUACAAAUUCUUGUGAUUACUGGGUGGGUUAGUGCCACUAUGGGUCCAUUGUUUUACAUUCUUCACAAGCUUAAACUUUUAAGAAUCUCAGCUGAUGAUGAGAUGGCGGGUAUGGAUCUGACCCGGCAUGGUGGGUUCGCUUACAUUUACCAUGAUGAAGAUGAGUCUCAAAGGCAUGGAAUCAAGUUAAUGCAAAUUGAACCAUCAGCCACAACUCCUAAUUCAUCAAGUGUUUAGAUUUUUGGGAAUUAUUAAAUAUUAUCUUCUAGAUUUUGUGCAAGAAAAAAUAAGCAUUUGAUGGGUGGGUGGUGGCUGCCUGGUGGGGAUAAUGAAUGUUUGGGCUAGAUUGGUUUGUUUUCUAUCCUUAUUUUUCUAUGUUGACAUAACAUAAAGAAGAUGAUAUUUUUGUUUCUGUAUAUAUAAAUGUGUAAUAAAUAAAUUACCCUUUAAUAUCA